AUGAGUUACCACUCGCUGCUCGACAUUCACUCGUUCCUAUUCCUCCCACUGCCGUCUGAAGUCCACCGUGAGCAUCUCAGGAUUCUCUACCAUAGUCUCCAACCACCGUCUUAUCCAUCCACAUCCCCGUCCACCAUUCCCAGUCUACAACCACCCAGCAAAAUGCCCUGCUCCGACCCAAAAGAUAUGUGCAAAGAGUGCGCCAAACUCACAAACAUCCUCAAGCGCGCCGGCGAAGUCCCCCGCCACUGGUGGUGGCCGCACGAAGGCACCGCCCCGCUAAUCCUGACGACGCGCACAGCCGCCGCUGAACCCCUCGACGUCGAAGAGCUGCUCAUCCGCGACUUCACGUACGUCUCGCUGCGCAAGCACAUCUGGGAGAAGCGGGCGCUGGGCAUCUCGUUCUUCGUCUUCAUGGGCCGCGAGAGGGAGGGUGAUAAGGGGGGUACCACGACGCCGGUGUCGAUUCUCGUGGAUAUUCCGCUGAGCCAGGGGGUUGGGAUCACGCGGCAGAAGGUCCGUGGUGUGCUGGAGGAUCUGAAGGAUACGGUGUUUGGGGGCGAGUGGGAGUGGGCUUUUUUGCCGGACCAUGCGAAUCGCGAGAGGUUGGGCUGGUUGUGUAGGUGGUUUGAUCGCGCGAGGUUUCCGUGUGCCACGUUUCGAAGGUUUGCGGGCGUGAUGCCGGAGUUGCAUCGGGAUUGA